GAUAAGGCAGGGCUCGGAAGGCGACUGACACCCAAAGGCAGAGGCUGCACUGGGCGCCAGCCAGAGUCAGCAGGCACUGGCUGGCCAGCCAGCCCCGAGCAGGCAAGAAGAGCCGAGGCCAACAGAAGGGUGACAUGGGGCAAGCCCUGCAGGUCAAGAGCUGCGACUUCCAGGCUGCCAGGAACAACCGGGCUCAUCGCACGGUGGCCAUCAGCAUGGAGCGCCUGGUGGUGCGUCGGGGGCAGGACUUCACCCUGGUCUUGCGCUUCUCCAGCCCGGUGCCCGGGGGUCUGCGGCAGGUGCGCAAAACCACACUGGUCGCCCAGACAGGUCAGCGGCCGUCCAAGGCGGACGGGAGCCUGGUGCGGUUCCCCAUCUCCCGGCUGGGCAGCCUGUCCGGGUGGCAAGCCACUGUGCAAGCCCAAGACGCCCUUUCCUGGACGCUGGUGGUGACCCCCCCAGCCAACGCCGCCAUCGGUCACUACACCCUGCUGCUGCAGGACUCAGGCCAGGGCCAAGGGGCUCAGCACCCCCUGGGCACUUUCACGCUGCUCUUCAACCCCUGGUGCCGUGACGACGGCGUGUUCCUGGCCAAUGAGGCCCAGCGGCAGGAGUACGUCCUCAAUCAGGAGGGCACCAUCUACUGGGGGCUGCAGGACGCUCCCCAGCAGCAGCCGUGGGACUUUGGCCAGUUGGAAGAGGAUCUUGUCCACAUCAGCUUGGCCCUGCUUGAGAUGAGCCUGCUCUGGCUGCAGGAUGCGACCUGUGCUCAGCGCAGCAGCCCCCUCCAUGUCUGCCGCCUGGCCAAUGCCAUGAUAAACAGCAAGACACACCGAGCCAUCCUGGAGGGACGUUGGACGGGGCAGUACAGUGAUGGGACCCCCCCUUUCAAGUGGCCAGGCAGCGCCCCCAUCCUGCGCCAGUGGCUGGCAGCCCAGGGCCAGCCUGUUCGCUACGGGCAGUGCUGGGUGUUUGCCGCCGUCCUGUGCUCAGUGCUGAGGAGCCUGGGCAUCCCUACACGGGUGGUCAGCGGCUUUGCCUGGGCCCAGGACACGGCCGGCAACCUGCAAGUGGACGAGUACUUUGAUGAAAGCGGCGCGCUGAUCCCUGGCCACACCGAGGCCACCAUCUGGCCUUUCCACGCCUGGAAUGAAUGCUGGAUGGCCCGUGGCGACCUGCCGCCGGGCUAUGGUGGAUGGCAAGCUCUGGACCCCACCCCUCAAGUAGGGGGCAGUGGGCCCCGCUGCUGUGGGCCAGCCCCAGUCCGGGCCAUCAAAGAGGGUCGUGUGGACCUGCUCUACGAUGUGGCCACCUUCUUUGCGGCCACCAAUGCCAGGGCCACAGCUUGGACACGCCGGGAAAACGGAGACUUGGAACGAGCCUUUUGUGCCUUUAAGUAUGUCGGCAACAACCUGAGCACCAAGGGAGUGGGCACGGAGCGCUGCGAGGACGUCACUCGCGACUACAAGCACCCUGAAGGUUCCGCCAAGGAGGCAGCCGUGCUCAGGAAAGCGUGCCCAGAGUUGGAGCAGCUCAGCGGACGGAGCGCCUGCGACGGUGGUGGUGGUAACUCGACCCCCCCUCUGGCCCAGGAAGAGAAGGAGCCGCUGUUCUUUGCCCGCCUCCAGGCCCGGAGCCCCCUGCCGUUGGGGCAGGAUGCGCAGGUGGCUGUGGCCGUGGCGAACCGGGCUGGCCAGGAGAAGUGCCUGCAGCUGGUGCUGGGGGCUCAGCCCUUGCAAUACGACGGAAAACCCCUGGCCCAGUUCUGGAAGGAGGAGUUCCAGUUCUCCCUCCCAGGCGGCCACGAGCAAGUGUUGAGCACCACGCUGCCUUACGCAGAGUACGGCCCGGCGCUGACCAGCGGGCUCUUGCUGCAGCUCACGGCCUUGCUGAGAGAGGCGGCCGUGCCUGGCCCAGCCCGCCUGGCCUGCCAGGAGAUCCACCUCAGUGCUCCAGAACUCACGCUCCAGGUCCCAGGCCGCGUGGUCCAGUUCCACCAGGCGGAAGCCGAGAUGCGGCUGAGCAACCCGCUGCCCGAGGCCCUGGUGGGCUGCAUCGUCUCCGUGUCGGGCCGGGGGCUUGUGUACAAGGAGAGGCGAUACAGGCCGGGGCCCAUCCCAGCUGGCGGCACCUUGCACCUCCGCAUCCCCUUCACACCCACCCAGGAGGGUUCCCGGAGGCUCACGGUGCGCCUGGAGAGCCGCCUGCUGCAGCCCCUCACGGCUCACACCACCAUGGAGGUCACGACAGCUUAGAGCUCCGCCCGUCGCCCCCCCCUCCCAGGAAGGCAGAAGCGGCACCACAGGCGCGCCAUUAAAAGCAUGUGCCGGCA